UUUUUCUUUUCUUUUCUUUUCUUUUCUUCCUCUCUCCUCUUCUCUCAUCUUCUCUCGUGUUCUCCGUCGAGGAGAAACAUCGACGGCGACGGAGCUUCGUCUUGGAGGAAGAGCGGCGCCGCCUCGUUUCGUCACGCUUCGCCGCCUCGUUUCGUCACGCUUCGCCUCGUUUCGUCACGCUUCGCCUCAGAAAAGAAGAAAGACAUGGAUGCAACUUCACCACCAGCACUACCAGAUGACGUCAUAGAAUAAAUCUUAUUGAGACUUAGGGUGAAAGAACUAAUCCGACUCAAGUGUCUUUCAAAACAAUGGAAAUCGAGGAUCGAGUCUCGCAGUUCCAUUGUACGAUUCCACUUGGACCGCCCAUCACUCAUCUUGAUGCUGCGUAUCUUUAUCCGUUUAGUAAAACACGUCUUCAAGUGUCUCCACGUGUCCUCCAAGUCUGCUUUUACUUUAAUGUUUUCUUCUACAUAUCAAAUUUAAACAAAAAGACUGAAACUUUUACCUGAGGGGUUUUACCACUACCAGUCUCUCCAACGAGAAUUAGUGUUUGGUUGUCGUUAAAGAUUAUGAGAAAUCCCCUUUCUGCUGCCACACUGGUAGAGUCCUUCGUUUCUCAAGUAUCUGGUAGUACUGGCGAAUAAGGCUUUCCGUUCCAUUUAUUGAUUCCACUGCCAAUAUCGGAGCUGAAGGCUCGUCCACCAUAUCGAAUAAGCGCUGACUUUCCUCUUUCUCUCGAUACGUCAAAGAAGAGGGGAUGCAAGAGAAGAACGAUGAAAGGCAACCGUUUGCUAAAGUUUGGCUUGACGGUGGCUAAAAUUCUUAUGGAAUUUUAAUCUAGCCCCAAAUCUUUAUGUAUAUUCUUUAUCCGCUCAAAUUAUUUGGAAGGCAAACCUAGGACCCGUUUUAGUGGGCUGAUAGUGGGCCCGUCUUUUAUUUACGAGGCCUGGUUCAAUAGCUAAUGAAAUAUAACACCAAAGUUACUUGGUUACCUUUGUGCAUCUGUUUAGUAGAGGGUAAUUUUCAAAAACCAGAAAAAGAAGUGUAUUUUUCAAAUUCUAUUUUGAAUUUUGUUGUAUAAAAAGAAUAUUUAUUUUCAUAUAUGCUAUUUAUAUCAUUAUUAUGUAAAAUUAAGCAUACAAAAUCAGUUGUUACAAAAAAAAAAAAAAAAAAAAGCAUACAAAAUCAGUUAUAAUUUCUUUGUAACUAAGUCUUAAUAUUUGUCAAAAUAAUUAAUGUGAGAAUUAAUUCUCAAAUCUUUAUUUUUAGGGUUCUUGUCGACCAUAUCACAAUACUAAAAGGCCAAUAUGCUGAGUCUGUAGGUUGCCACGUCACCAAAAAUAAUCAGCCAAUCAGAACAUUUCGUUUGGACACGUCAGACAGGCUUAAGUUGCUUCUGAGCUUCACGUUUUCUUUUUAUUUGGAGUGGGCUUCUGGGCUUUGUUCGCAUCGUUUAUGGCCUUUAUUUUUUUUUCACCUUUCGCGUGAACCCGAUGAAGACGGAGGUCACGAGGAUUAGUCACGAGAGCUUCCCCUUUACCUUUUCGUCUUCUCCGCUUGAAACCCUAGAGUCCUCAAUCGAUCCACUUCUUCUCAAUCAAAACUCCUCUUCUUCUCAAUCAAUCAAUUUAUUCUUAAUGAUUUCGUUUCAGUUUCCUCUAUUCCUCAUCCUUUAAAUACUGAUUUACUUUCGUUUGAAAAAAAUCAAAACCCUUGAUCUGCUCUAACCUAGAUUCAUGGCGAUGAAACCGAAUGGGAAGUCAAUUGUCUCCUCUGGUUACGAUGAAAAAGUCAUGUUCUUCAAAGAUGUCUCGCCGGGUCACCACGAAGCUCAGUUGCGAUUUCGCCUCAUCCAUUUAUGGGAGGCUUGGAACCCAGUAAAGAAGACGCUUAUCGGCCUGGAGAUGAUACUCAUCGACGAACAGGGAGCUGUUAUUCAAGGAUUUAUUUUCCCAAGACGUAUUGAAAAAUACUUGCCUGACAUGAAGCAAGGAUCUGUUUACAAACUCAACAACUUCUAUGGAUCCAGAAACAAGUCUGUGUUUUGGGUUGCUGAUCAUACCGCAACCGUGUCUUUCUCAUGGGACUCAAAACUGUCGGUUCUUCAAGACUGUCGCACCCCUUUUGAUGAAGACAGUUUUCGGUUUCAUUCGUAUGAAGAGUUUCAAGCUAACUCUGAUCUCAAGGGAGAUCUCUACGGUAAGCUCUGUAAUUCCCCAUAGAAUUCUAUGCUGAUUACAAUUAUAUAGGUCUGAGGAACAAAGCAUGAAUUCCGCAUAUGUACGUGACUGUUAUUGCAUGAGUAAUAUUAUAAGAUAGUCACCGUUAUUACGUGAUUGUCCGCAUAUGUACAUUACUCUCCAUUCCAAAUAUAAAAAAAAAUGAUAGUA